AUGGACCUUAUUCAUAAGUUCCUGAACCUCGUAGCUCCUCCAAUCACCUUCGUUUCGCUCUUCCUUUUCCUACCACCUUAUUGGGCUUUCAAGUUCUUCCUUUCCACCAUAAAUUCCAUCUUCACUGAAAAUGUCGCUGGUAAAGUUGUUCACAUCACAGGUGCUUCCUCUGGCAUUGGAGAGUAUUUGGCAUAUGAGUAUGCUAAGAGAGGUGCUUGUCUAGCACUUUCUGCAAGGAGGGAGAAUGCACUGCGGGAAGUUGCUGAUAGAGCGCGUGAUUAUGGAUCUCCUGAUGUUAUCGUAAUACGUGCUGAUGUUUCUAAGGUUGAAGACUGUAGACGAUUAGUGGAAGAAACUCUUCUUCAUUUUGGAAGAUUGGACCAUCUGGUCAAUAAUGCCGCAAUCAGCACUUCCACCUUAUUUGAAGAAAUAGAUGAUAUCACCAAUUUGAGACCUAUAAUGGAAACAAAUUUUUGGGGAUCAGUUUACACUACCCAUUUUGCUUUACCGCAUCUAAGGAACAGCAGAGGCAAAAUCGUGGCCAUGUCAUCUGCAGAUGCUUGGUUGCCUGCACUCAGAAGGAACGUGUAUAGUGCAAGCAAAGCAGCAUUGAUGAGUCUGUAUGAAACAUUGAGGGUGGAAGUUGGGUGCGAUGUAGGUAUAACCAUCGUGACACCCGGUUACAUAGAGUCUGAAUUGACCAAAGGGAAGUUCUUAUUGCCCGAAGGCAAGAUGGGUGUUGACCAAGAUUUGAGAGAUGUUGAAGUGAGCGUAGUGCCAGUGGGGUCAGUGAGUGGGUGCGCCGAAGCGAUAGUGAAUAGCACGUUGAGAGGAGAUAGGUACGUGACGGUACCUGCAUGGUUCAAAAUGACAUAUGUGGUGAAAGUGUUGUGCCCAGAGCUGAUGGAGUGGAACUUCAGAAUGCUGUAUAAGACUGCACCAGGAACUCCAGCAAAGGAAGCCCUUAGCAAAAAGAUUUUGGACGCCACUGGAGUCAAGAAUUUGGUUUAUCCCUCUUCAAUCCAAUCUCCUGAUGUCAAGACUGAAUGA